AUGAGUAACCCAAACAACACUAACUACCGGCCCAAAUCCCCCAACUUAUCCGGCGUCCAUCCACCGCCCAAACUCACGCGCAUCCCCUCGUACCAUCCAGAGCCAGAGGUGCCUGCAGACUUCCCAGUCUCGGCUCGUGGCUCCUAUGACGCCUCGCCAUUCUUCUCACCGCAAUCCACCACCCCGUCGACGUCUUAUUUCGCGUCGCGACCAUCCAACCCGUCAUCGUCCUACUCACCACAGGCCUUCCGAACUCCGAGCAUACCCACUCAAGCUCCUUCGUCAAGCCACUCACAAACCUUGCCACAUUCCUACGACCAGUUUAAUUCUUCAUAUCAUCCCCCACCACAGACUCACCAGCCUUUUGACCAAAAUUAUCCUGUUCAACCACACCCGCAACAGUCCUUUCCCUUCCACUCAGAAACCUUUGGUCAACUACCCGCCGACAUGCCUCGAACUCGACGGGCAGCGGCCGAGGAACUCAAUUCGAGUUACGACCCCAACGGUGCUGGAAGUGGCAUCCCCGUCAAAAUGGAGCAACCCUCCGCCGCCCCGCCGGUCAUGCCCAUUGCCACCACAGAUCCCUCUCACGGUAUAGACGUGAGAACCAAAUUUCCGGUAGCACGCAUCAAGCGUAUCAUGCAAGCAGACGAGGAUGUCGGAAAAGUGGCUCAAGCUACUCCUACUGCUGUUUCCAAAGCUCUUGAAUUAUUCAUGAUCACGUUAGUGAUGAAAGGGGCUGCAGAAGCCAAGGGCCAACACUCCAAGCGUGUGACGGCACAACAUCUCAAGGCCGCAUUGAUGAAAGAUGGCCAGUUUGAUUUCUUGACCGAAAUAUGUGAAAGUGUGCCCGAUGAAGGUUCAAAGAAGGGUAGAGCUAAAUCGGAGGCCAAGAGCGAAGACAGUGACGAUGAAGUUGCUCCCAAGAAAAAGGCAAAAGGUGGCAAAAAGAGGAAGGCCGACAGCGAUGAUAGUUCUGAUUGA